CAACGACGACGACAACGACCGCUCGCGCGCCCCCGGAGCCUCAAUUGCACGAGCCCUGCUCGAUAUAGCGCCCACAAUGCUCGCCCGCCACGCUCCUGCCGCGCAGACGCUGAGCGCUGUCACCCAUCGAGCUCUCCCUGCCGCCUCUGCAGCUUCGCGCCUUUCGAUCGCCGCCACCCCGUCGCAACCCCAGCGCCGGACGCUCGCGACCGUCAGCGACGCGCCUAAGAAGACCCAUGGAGGCUUGAAGGACCAGGACAGGAUCUUCCAGAACUUGUACGGCCACCAUGGCGCCGAUCUCAAGAGCGCGAUGAAAUAUGGAGACUGGCACAAGACGAAGGAAAUCAUACUGAAGGGCCACGAUUGGAUCAUCUCUGAGAUCAAGGCAUCGGGUCUGCGAGGCCGAGGAGGUGCUGGCUUCCCCUCAGGCUUGAAAUGGUCAUUCAUGAACACCAAGGGGUGGGAGAACGAUACCAAGCCCCGUUACCUCGUCGUCAACGCCGAUGAGGGUGAGCCCGGAACGUGCAAGGAUCGCGAGAUUAUGCGCAAGGACCCACACAAGCUUAUUGAGGGCUGUCUCGUUGCCGGUCGCGCCAUGAACGCGACCGCUGCCUACAUCUACAUCCGCGGAGAGUUCUACCACGAGGCCACGGUUCUUCAGCGUGCGAUCCAGGAGGCGUACCAAGCUGGCUUGAUCGGCAAGAACGCCUGCGGCUCCGGUUACGACUUCGAUGUCUUCCUCCACCGAGGAAUGGGCGCAUACGUGUGUGGUGAGGAAACUUCGCUCAUCGAAUCGCUGGAAGGCAAGCCCGGAAAGCCGCGUUUGAAGCCUCCGUUCCCUGCUGCCGUCGGGCUCUUCGGAUGCCCCUCUACCGUCGCCAAUGUCGAGACUAUUGCCGUAGCGCCUACCAUUUGCCGACGAGGAGGUAGCUGGUUUGCUGGCUUCGGUCGCGAGCGCAAUCAGGGCACCAAACUUUUCUGCAUCUCUGGCCACGUCAACAACCCGUGCACCGUGGAGGAAGAGAUGUCCAUCCCUCUCCGUGAGCUCAUCGACAAGCAUUGUGGUGGCGUUCGGGGUGGAUGGGACAACCUCAAGGCUGUCAUCCCUGGCGGUUCUUCAACGCCGAUCCUGCCCAAGAACAUUUGCGACGAUGUUCUCAUGGACUUCGAUGCCCUAAAGGACGCCCAGUCUGGUCUGGGCACUGCUGCCGUCAUCGUCAUGGACAAGUCUACCGACGUCGUUCGCGCCAUCCAGCGCCUCUCAAAGUUCUACCACCACGAAUCCUGCGGCCAAUGCACACCCUGCCGUGAAGGUUCAAAGUGGACGCAUCAGAUCAUGGAUCGCUUUUAUAAGGGACAGGCCCGGGAGCGUGAGAUCGACAUGCUUCAGGAGUUGACUAAGCAGGUUGAAGGUCAUACCAUCUGUGCUCUUGGCGAGGCUUUCGCGUGGCCGCUGCAGGGUCUAAUCAGGCAUUUUAGGCCAGAGUUGGAGGCAAGGAUCAAGGACUACGGGGUCAAGCAUGGCGGAGAGGCCCGCGCUGGUGGUUGGGCACACGACGCAGACAAGAAGGGUCAGCUUAUCGCCCCCGGACAGUAGAGCAAGGGAGAUGGUCUUGUACAAUGAGUGUUUCAUUUGUUCCGUUCGGCUGGCGGUCUGCUCACUGACUUGUGCAUAUGUUCUCAGUGUAAUUGAUCGUAAA